CAGGGAUUGGUUUUUGAUAAGAAUGUGUAUCUUUAGGAAUCGUAGAGUUGACUCGCAUGAUUUCUUCACUCCUAAUCAGUUUGCUUGGCGAUGUUUCGAUAGGGAGGUUUAUGUUUGUCGAUGAUUCCCUCAAGUUAUCUGUGAGAUAAAGGAUAUUCAAAAAGUCUCUUCACUCGAUGGUUCUGCAGACAAAUACGAAAAAUCAAAUCUUGACGACGAUUCCUGCAACACGAAAGGCGACGGGAAUACUGAAACCGUUGAAAAUCCAAACCACAGUGUAGUCGACAUGGUAUGCGAAUCGUUGAUAGACCAUCUCGACGAGCAAGAAAACCGGCGUGGGCGGAACAAAAUUAUCGGGCGUUCUUGCGAUGAUAAUGGAGAAAAUAACAGAGCCUGUCCGCCGAAACGGGGAAAAUACCUGCGACCAUGUUCGGAUGUGGUACUGAUUCACAGUCGUCCGUUGCGAGAACGAAAGGACGCUACUAUACAAAAUGGUGUUUUCGGUAGGAUAGGCAAUCAAAAAGUAAUGGUGAAUUUUACCUGUCCUGUUGAUUCCUGAACCGUUGAAUUAUUGACCUCCGUACACCUGGCCCCCCCACUUGCGUUGAAUAUUCCCAAAAAAAUCAGAAAUUAUGCGCUUUUUAUGCGCUUCACAAUUCCACGCAUCAAAAAUUUUGCGCUUAAUCCGUUCGCCGGAUGUGACGAUUUUGGUGUGGGGGGGCCAGAUGUAUAUUCGGAAGAGCCCCCCCACACAUAAGGGGUGAAGAAAUCGAAGAACUUGAUAGCUAGAAAUUACGCCCUUAUUACGCGCUCUCGAUCGAACGCAGUCCCGAUUUUCCCGCCGCACUCCCCGCUGGAUAUUUGUACUCACCACUCUCGGGAAAAACUGCACAACCUGUGAUGGAGGGUUGACAUGCGUACGGAAAAGCACAUCGAGCGGAAAAUUUACCAGGAGCGAUGAAAAUAGAAUUUGCUUUGGGAAUUUUUACCAUUUAUCACACAGUGUAAAUAAAUAUUUGUACAUUGGCUUUAAAGGUGUAGGAUAGCUUCUGUUCCACUUUUUCCGUGUCGUCAUACAUUUGCCAUGUGCCAUCUUUUCGUAAACACGCAGCCGUAAAGUGGCCCACUGUAUUCGAAUGGUUACGUGUUUUCACAUUCGGAGGUGUAAAAUGUAUGAGCCCUCUCAAGGUGUACGGUUUAUUCAUGAACGAGGUUUUAACUGUGCAAGAUGUUUGCACUCAAAGCAUAAAGCAUCUGCAUGCAGUAUAAGCCUACAGUGGAAUCAAUUAACUUCAAGCAUGCAAAUUCAACAAAAGAAAAUUGGCUAAAGGAGACGGUCAGAGUCACCUACGACUUCGGUCCUGCGGUUCCAAAAAGGUUCAUUAAUCUCAUUUUUCUUUCUCAUGCCAGAUGUUUUAUUGCUGCUGGGAAAGUCCAGAGUCUUUCCCAUGCUUAAAUUCUUUAAAUUAUAAGUUCAAAAUUUCCCAGGUCAGGGAGAGGGAUGAAUCAUCAUAGUAGGUAAACGUCGCCGCAUCAGGGUUUAACCCCGGUCAGGCUACCCCACUCUGCGUAAAAGAGUAUUGCUGGGCCUAACCUCAUUCAAAGAACUCCCCCACUCGAAUAGGAGAGUUUUUGAUUUCUCUAGCCAAUCAACAAAAUUAAAAAGCUUGUCUCCACCCACCGGAGGGUGCGGCAUGAAUUUCUACAGGGUGGCCACAGGUCAGGGAAAACCUGGAAAUGUCAGGGAAUUAUUAAUCGGUCAGGGAAACAGGGAAAUGUCAGGGAAUUUUGUCGUUAGCCAGGGAAUUUUUUUAGGCGUGACUACAAAAUUGGAUUUCACUAUCAACCGAAUUGCUAUUUUUAUAAAUGGACGUGCGAAGUCGAUUCAAAUAGACCGCGUAUGACGCUGUGCGGCGCUUGGCGCUUGCGCCGGCGCAUCAACCGCAAAGGCUCGCGGGCAAGUCUGUGCAAGUGUGAAAGCGCAGCUCCACUCACCGUGGCUCGAAAAAUUGAAGCUGUAUUUUUACUUUCAUUCAAGGUACGUAAAACAUUGAAUUCACUCGACAUUUGAUGGUUUAUUAUCGAGGUUAGAAACAUCAAUUUUAUCGAGCAGGAUGCCGCAAUAACAUAUCAACAAUCAUAAACACCGUAGCUAUGAUAAUUCCGAAAAAAUUCUUAAAAAGACCAUAAAACACCUUGUUUGUGUUUAUUCAAACAUAACAUAGGGGAACGCGGGGCAAUAUGGGGUAGUGGGGCAAAAUAGGGACCUCGAAAAUUCUGUAAAAAUUUGUUUAAAAUGAUCGAAAAGGACUCAAAACAUCAUUCUGGAACUAAAUUUUUUUUUCUCUCAUGCUUUCCUUAGGUACCCCGUUUUGCCCUACCUUCCCCUAUAUCGAUUUUCAUUAUUUCGAAUUGCAUUUUGUCAGAUAUUAAUAAUUAAUAUCGUGUGUGUAAUCGCAUAGGGUCGUAACCACCAAAAAAUGCAAUUUUUGUGGCGAAAGGGCGUAUAAUUUUUUUUCAUAUUAUUCUCUCUGAAAAUGAUCCAAACGGUUGAAGCAAUUGAAAUUAAGAGAUUGGAAAUGUUCAUGCAAAAGCUCUCGAUAACAACCAAACGCAUGGAUCAGUCGAACUGAGCUAUGUUUCAAAAUUUUUGAAUAUACAAGUAAAAGGUCGUAACCUCAAUUUUUUUCUUCUUUCUUCCAUGCUUUAGUACAGCCUCAUGCCUCUAAGAACGCGAUAUUUUUCAUAUUUUACUUGCAUAGCUACUAUCUACGAUAUAUACAUAUAUAUGUAUACAUACAUAUACAAAACUGUGAAAAACGUUCGAAUUUUCUCACCGUCGCCAUUAAUAGUCAGUUUUCAUGAAAAAUUAACCGUUACAUUUGUCAAGUUGACUCGUUGAAUUUCUAGAACAUUUGCCUAAUUUUACUUCAUCAUUCUUUUGCGGUAUAGAUAUCGAGCCCAUAGACGAAAAAAAUGGGACCUACAAAAAACACCAAAUUCAACGAAGAAUGGCUUCAGGAGGUCGAUUUCUCCGCGUGGCUCAAAGCUGUUUCCGGUAAACCGCAUAGUGCUCAAUGCACUUGGUGUCAUACUACAUUUUCGCUAAGCAAUAUGGGUAGACGUGCGCUUUCAAGCCACGCCGAAUCGAAAAAACACCGAAUUAUAUGGAACACCAGGGGGAAAUCCCACGAUGUUGCUGCAUUGCUCUCACCCAAUGCACUUCAAGUUGCGCCAAUCAUCCCGGCUAUCAGGAAUCCGUCUACAUCUCAAUCAGCUUCAACUGCAAAAGCCUCUACCACGACAUCGCUAUCGAUCGAUUCAGCAGAACAGGAUGGACCAGAAAUCCGUUCAUUGCAACUGCCUAGGAUUACCUCAUUUCUGUUAUCAGAGAGUGUGACUCGUGCGGAAAUUUUGUGGUGUUUGCACACCGUGGAAGCACACAACUCAUUGCGUGCGGCUGCCAAAGGUGUAGCACUUUUCACGCUUAUGUUUCCGGACUCAGCAAUUGCCCAAAAAAUACAAUUGCAACGUACGAAAUUAGCGUACCUAUUGGUGCAUGGCCUAGCCCCAUUUUUUCAUAACGAGCUCGUUCAAGACUGUAACAAUUGCACUGAUAUUGUGGUUGGGUUUGAUGAGUCUCUCAAUGAAGUUGCGCAACUUGGGCAAAUGGACAUUACUGUCCGUUUCUGGUGUCAGCGAAAUAACCAAGUGACAACGAGAUAUUUCACAUCUGCUUUUUUAAAUCACGCGACUGCUGCAGAUCUGCUACGCGCAUUCACAUCGGCUCUGUCCGAGCUCAAAAUCAAGAUGCUUCUUCAAGUCUCCAUGGAUGGGCCGAAUGUCAAUGUCAAGUUUCAUCGUGAUCUCCGUGAGAGCUUGGCUUCGGACCCUGACGAUCCCCUGCUAGUUGAUAUUGGUAGCUGCGGUUUGCAUACCGUAAAUUGUGCAUUAAGGCGGGCAUCAAAGCAACCUCAUGGCAAAUUUCCGAAUUUCUCCGUGCUCUCUACGUUAUCUUCAAAGACACACCAGCUCGGAGAGGAGAUUACACACACUAUUCCGGCUCAAAAGUAUUUCCGCAAAAGUUCUGCAGCGUGCGAUGGCUAGAAAAUGAUUCAGUCGCAGAAAGAGCGGUUGAUAUCAUACCUAACGUCAAAAAGUAUAUUGAAGCACUGUCUAAAAAUAAAAUACCUGACACCAAAAGCUUCAAAAUUGUGCAAUCGAUAUUGAAGGAUCCUCUAUUAACGUGCAAACUAAGAUUUUUUCAAUCUGUCGCAGCCGAGGUGCAACCAUUUUUAACGGAGUUUCAAGCUGAUAAGCCAAUGGCUCCUCUGUUAUUUGAAUCUUUGUGCAAAGUGAUUCGAAACAUCAUGAGUAGAUUCGUUAAAAGUGAAGUCUUGAAUGCCGCAAAAUAUGUACACGAAGUCAACUUUUCUGACAAACAAAAUCUUCUCGAUAUCAAACACGUCGAUUUGGGUUAUGCAACUCAUGAUGCGAUGCGAAAAGUACGUACCCAACUAAAUGACCGUGAUAUAUCAGUAUUUCGUCAAGAGUGUCGAAAUUGCCUCCAAAAAUUGGGUGAAAAACUUCAGAUGCGUUCUCCUCUGAAAUUUACGCUUACAAAAGGAAUAUCCUGUUUGGAUCCUGAAGUAGCUGUACGACCAACCAUUCGUGAUGCUCGUAUUGGACUUGCUCUGAAAGUCUUAGUGGAAAAUCGGCGAAUUACUGGCGUCGAUGCUGAUAAAGCUCACAGGCAAUUUAUGGACGUUUGCAAAACAAAAAUGUUCGAAGAAUCAAUGGGAAAGUUUUCUAGAAAAAACGAUAGAUUAGAUACUUUAUGGAUGUCGCUGGUUGAAGGAAGAGAAGGGGAGACAGCAGAACUGACUUCAUUUCUGAGAAAAAUCUUGAUCCUGUCCCAUGGAAAUGCUGAUCUGGAGAGGGGAUUUUCAGUUAACCGAGAGUGCCUAGUUGAAAAUCAAAAGCAGGAAUCACUAAUCGCACAAAGGCAAGUCUAUGAUUUCGUCACGUUAGCUGGAGGCGUUGAAUCAAUUAUUAUUACGAAGAAAAUGAUUCAUGCUGCUCGCAACGCCCGAACGCGAUAUCAAGAAGCCUUGAAUCGGCAAGAAAAAGAACGGUCCCAAAGUGAUCUUGCAAAUGCUGAAAAGAGAGUAGUUACACUUCAGCUUCGAGAACUUGAAAAGCAGAAACGUGAACUGAUAAGGAAUGCCGAUACAGAAAAAGCGUACCUGGACGACCAAAUAGCCUUGCUCAAGAAGCAAUGCAUCUGA